UGAGCGGCUGCAGUAGCAGUUGGGCUUCGUGACGUCACACCGGCUGAUCCUUAAGUAAUUGGUGCAUCCCGUGAAAGGUUUGGCUUGAAAAAGCAGGAGGUAGUCCCUUUUAAGGUUUCCUUUUCUUUCGGGCUUCAGCUAGUUAGGGUUAUUCUUUGCUGACUUCUUAACGGAGUGUGCUUACGCCAGGACACAGGAAAUGGAGCCCCGUGCCAUAAGUGUGAACCAUUAUCGCAUGCAACGUACUGCAACCCUAGCUCAGGAGGUUCUGGAGCGGGCAAGAACACGGAAAUUGAACUGGCCGCUGCCUACUGAAUUUCAAAGGAGGACUUUUCAGGAAAGGGAUAAUGAAGAUGCAUAUCUUGCUGCUGCUUUUGCUUCUGUUGCUGAACACAUGGGCUGCAUCUCAGCAGAAUGCGAGAACUGUUAUUGUUGCGUACCACCAUUUCAGCUCAAAGAAUAUGAAGUUGCACAUAUCUUCAGAUACCACAGCAGGCAAGCAUCUGAAAACUUGCUAAAGGCAUUUGAAAAUGAGGAAAGUAAAAAUGGUCCAAUAGUGGAAGAACCUGGAUGUCUUGAUAAUGAAGCAUCUGCAUUAAUUCCAGCGAAGAAGUCUAAGCCAAAAGAUAUCAACGUUGAAGUUUCUCCUGGCACCUACGCAGUCUCUGCAUCUUCAUAUGAUGAUACAAUCAAACAAACGCAUCUGGUUGAGAUUCACCCAGGAGAAAGCGUAAAUUUGACCUUUGAUUUAUGAUAGAUUCUUUCUUUUUAAAUCAAGUUAACAAAUGAAAUAGUCUUCAGUGUCUUUAAGAGUUACUUCUUAAAAUAUAAUAUUCUCAGGCUAUUUAUCCUGUAUAAUUCAAUAUAAUCGUCUCGGGCCUAUCUAUAUAUUAUAGUUUUAAAUUUUGAUCAGUUUGCCUUAACUUGAAUCAUGUGUAUUUUCACUUAUAAGCUAUGCAAUCCUUUGUAAACAAUAAACUUAAAAAUGCAAUUAAAAAAGACUUAAAAUUGUUUAAAAGGGAGUCUUAUUUUGUAGGUAUGCUGUUCCACACAAGAGAGUAUGUGAUUCCGAAGGAAAUGGAAAUAGCCAAAGCCAUUUAGUCAGUCAGUGUCUGAUGGCUCAAUCCUAAAAUACAAUGCAUAGCUAUUAGUAGCAGAGCAUAUUGAUUUAUUUCUUUGGGCAAACACUUUCCCCCUUUUUUGUUAACCUGCUCGGUCCCAAAGUCCAAAAACUGUUACGUCAAAAUAUCUUGUAAUUUUCUGUUGUAUUGUGGUUAGAUACUCAUCUCCUCUAGGGCCUAUGCCAUGGUGCAACAAAACACUUACUAAUUUACUAGGAAAAAAUACUGUAUAUAUAAUUUCUUUGAUGUUAAUGAUUGGACAGACAUCAUUAUCCUAAAUGUCUUGAAUUGUUAGCCCACAAGGAUAUAUUAAACAAAAUAG